AACUAUAUAGUGAACCCUAUUCUGGAAUCCAUACAAUGAAACUAUACAAUGAACCCUCAAACUAGUAGAUUAUUGAUGCAUCAUAAUAAUUCAGAGAACACAAACAACAAAAGUUCAACAACCAAACCAAAUGCAUGUUUUGAAAUCCAUUUCAAAGAUUUCCCUAUUUGUUUGAGCCAAACUUAAGCUCUCUGUAACUACAUAUACAAACAUAUUGGUAUGAUACCAUUACAAUCAUCAAGACAACACAAUUUGUAUAUAAGUAUGUUCAGCAAAAGAAUAUACACAAUAUUUCUAAACCAUGAUAAUUUCAUAUAGUCAUCAAUCGAAUGGCACAACUGUUAAUCAAAUGACCAUAACACAGCCUCAAAAUUACUACAAAUAUAAACAGAGAACAAAUCCAAAACAUGUACCAAACUAACCACAAAACUUUACCUCAGAGAAUACUGAUGACUUGAUUUCUCUGAGACAUCUUUUUGAAGUCUUCACUCUUCACCGGUCAGUUUCGCGUCUUCCUCUGCCUGGUUUUCGUCAUCAGAACCCACCACCAGCAAUGGCCGUAAUUCUCUUCUUAGCACAUUUCGAGUCAGUUCUGCUUGUGUUGUAUUCGAUGGCACGCUUUGUUCCAGAUCUGGCCGGUACCGGAGUGAACUGGGCCUAUGGCAGGCUUCCAUGGGCUUAAAAGUGAGGGGUUUGACUUUGGCAUCAUAAUUGAAUUAGUUUUCCACUUGAAGAAAUAUGUCACUCACACUCUUAGUAUAAAUCCCCCUCCUUACAUAUUCCAAAAAACCAAACAAAAGCUCACUCCUCAAUCCCACUAAUUAACUCCUCAACUCUUCUUCAGCUGUCUUCAUCUCUCCUCUGCCUUUAAUUUGGAUUUGUGAAACAUGGCUUCUCCAAGAACAGCAGAGAUAUGUGACACAAACGCAACACACAUAGCAAGUGGUGAUUUGAGAAUACUGCAUCCAGUGUUCCAGAUAUAUGGCCACUGCCGGGCAUUCUCCGGCCCCAUCGUUACUGUAAAAGUGUUUGAAGACAAUGUCUUGGCAAGAGAACUCCUUGAAACUAAAGGAGAAGGAAGAGUCUUGGUUAUUGAUCGAGGAGGAAGUAUGAGGUGUGCUCUUGUUGGAGGGAAUUUGGUGCAGUUGGCACAAAAUACGGGGUGGUCCGGAAUUAUUGUGAAUGGUUGUGUUAGAGAUGUGGAUGAGAUUAAUUUGUGUCAAGUUGGUGUUAGAGCUUUGGGUUCUUAUCCACUUGGAUCUAAUGAAAAGGGUACUGGUGAAAAACAUGUUGAUGUUUAUGUUGGAGGAACGUUUAUUCGUGAUGGAGAAUGGCUUUAUGCAGAUAGUGAUGGUAUAAUUGUUUCCAAGUUUGAGUUAUCUAUCAAUCUGAAAUAAUACUAGACUGUGGAGGUGAAAUGUUUUUUCAAUUGAGUUUCAGCUUUGAGCCAUUGUUGUAAUGCCAUGCUAUUUUGAGUAUCAUGUAUGAAAUGAAAGAAUAACAAUAAAUGCUGAGUGGGGAUAAGAAAGUAUUUCAGAA